UUCCUCGAUUUCCUCUCUCUCCUUUCGUCCCGGAAUUUGCGCCAUCGCCAUCGACGACAGCCUUGCCUUGUGCGCAACGUGGUAACCGAGGAGACUGAAGUCAACGUGUGCGCACUUAUGACAAGGCAAAGAGGAGGGCCAAGAAGGCGGAAUGCGAGUUGGCUGUGGACACCACGGAGCUGUCGGCGAUGCUGCUGCGGGUGCAGCUGGAGGUGCGGCAGCAGAACAGGGACGUCCUGAAUGAGCUGCAGCAGCUGAGGCAUGAAGUACGGGUCGUGUCUGAGAGGCUGGAUGAAACUGAGCCUCUCAACAAGACCCGUGCAGUGUCUCAGCCUGCCUUGUCGACGGUGCCUCCAGUUCUUCCUCGGCUACCUGCCGACAAUAUUAAAGAAUUAGAGGCAGCCGUGCGGGAUGAGGUUGUGGCUGCCACCUUGCGCAAGCGCCUCCUGCAAAUAGGAGGGAAGUCACUGCGCGAGGUGGCAUCGUAUGCCAUGAAGGCUGUAAUGGCCUGUCGCUCGACCACUCACUGA